AAGCGACACCUUAUGGUUCAGAUGGCAGAAGAAUAUCAUCAAGCCAAUGAUCCUCCAAGGCUCUUACCUUGCUGAAUCAUGUGAUGUGGGACUACCGAAGCGAAAAGUGGUGGAGUCUUUUAUCAUCUGUGUCGGCCUUGGCCCUUCAGUGUGCAUACAAUACCGCUGCCAUCACUGAGUACUUUGGCCUAGCCCUAGAAUUUAUGGGCACUAAGCUGAUGAGAUCAGAAGAGGAUAAGAAGAGGGUGCAUGAUAACCUAUUGAAACUUUUGAAUGGACAGUCCCCAGACCCAGAACCAGGAACACCCCCAGAAGUUGUUACUGUAGCAACAGAAGCCUGGUCUGUUCUGUUAGGAAGCCAAGUAUCACCUGUCACUGUUGAUAUGACAACCUUAGUGCCAUGUCUUGAAGUGAGAGCUUCAUUUACACAGAGCCAGUUUCAUGUGGAUCAGGAAGUGGGUGUGAUAGUCAUGAUCAGAAACUCCUACCAGUCAGCCAUAUCACUGAGUGCUUUGAGUGUCACCACCAACUCUCCCUCCUACAGUGAUCGACUUUUGGAAACACAACCAGAGAAGCUGAUCCUUUCUCCUGGCAAAGUGACCGAGAUCCACCUCACCUUUCUGCCUUUAGUGGAGGAUGUGGGAAAGAAAGUAAAAGUCACUGUGGAGACGCAGUCAUUAAAGUUUGAAAAAUUAGCAAGAGUGGCUGCUGGUGAGAGCUUCUUGGUGGUUCCCAAAAUUAAGUGCAUAUCACAUGUCCCCAUCACACUCACCAACUCCUCACUGGCUCUGGGAGUCAAGUUACAAAUUAUACAAUAG